GAGAGGGGGAAACCAGCGCGGUGUGCUUACUUGAGCGAACAGUGAAGAAGCGAAGGGCGCAAGUACAACAACAGGCCGGCUGGUGUUAGCACUGACUCGACAUGUCACGACAUUAUUGUUGAGUGUGGCUCGGGAACAACCGAGCUUACCCCCCCCCGCAACCGUACACACACCCGGGAGCGGCGCUAAUUCGGCAGCCACGCCCCGUAAACCAGCGACUGGAGAGCCCCCUCCCCUCCGAAUACAACUGCUGGCGGCGAGGAAGCGAGGCUGCUCUCUCGGGGAACCAUGAGGGAGUACAAAGUGGUGGUCCUCGGCUCCGGAGGAGUCGGCAAAUCCGCGCUGACUGUCCAGUUUGUGACGGGGUCCUUCAUCGAGAAGUACGACCCUACGAUAGAGGAUUUCUACCGGAAGGAGAUCGAGGUGGACUCUUCGCCGUCCGUCUUGGAGAUCCUGGACACGGCAGGCACCGAGCAGUUCGCCUCCAUGCGAGACUUGUACAUCAAAAACGGCCAGGGCUUCAUCCUGGUCUACAGCCUGGUCAACCAGCAGAGCUUCCAGGAUAUCAAGCCCAUGCGGGACCAGAUCAUUCGGGUGAAACGGUACGAGAGGGUGCCCAUGAUCCUGGUGGGCAACAAAGUGGACCUGGAGGGGGAACGGGAGGUGUCGUCCGGCGAAGGCAAGGCGCUGGCGGACGAAUGGAACUGUCCCUUCAUGGAGACCUCGGCCAAGAACAAGACUUCGGUGGACGAGCUUUUCGCCGAGAUAGUCCGCCAGAUGAACUAUGCGUCCACGCCGAAUGGCGACGACCAGUGUUGUUCAUCCUGUGUCAUCUUGUAAAGGAAACUUUGGCGUCUUGCUCGCUUUUUUUUUUUUUGCAAUGUGUGUUGCAACAAGUGUGUCUUGUUGGCGUCUCAGCCUGGCCUCGGAGGAAAAAUGAAGAGGAAUGCUGCAGGGGUAACAAGACGAGGAGGACGAGGAGAGGGGUCCAUCCACUCUUCAGGAAUUCUGCUGGGUCAGAGAAUCUUUGCGGCGUGGUCCACAGUUGAGGUCUGAUCCAACCAGUUCUAGACCAUCAGGGAACUCAAAAUUUUUCCCUCAAGCACGAAGAAGAAAUAGACUUUGAAAAUAUAUUUUGUUAAUAACCACACUCAAACCUGGACGGGGUACAAAGUGAGUGUUUUUGUUCCAAAGUCUAACAAGUUGGUGGUGGAAUAACGCAACAACUCUUCUUGUUACAAGGAGAUCUUAACGGACUUGGCGUGAGGACCACCGCCUCGUGUCCAGUGCCUUUUUAAAAAAAAAAAAUUGAUCCCACCUCCAACACACUUCAACUGUUCCUGUUUAGUGCCAACACACCUCGGCGUGGCAUUAGAGGUGUUCUGUACCAGGACUGGUGCUCUUCUGUACGUUUGGGUCUUUUUGUUUUGGUUUUCUCCUUUGAGUUGACGGUGUUUAGCGCCCCGUCCAGUCUUGAAACGCACAGGUACUGGAACCAUUACGACAAUGGCACCCGACCCACUUGCAGACCUCUUCAAUCAAUCUUUGAUUUUGUUGGACAAGUGAUGAUGAUAAUAAUGUACAUGGUGUUGACAAAUCUAAUCCUGAUUGUAAAGUGAAUUUUGGACCAGCCUUUUAACUGUGGCCGGUCUGUUUUAAAAAAAAAAAAGAACUUUUAAUACAGAUGGCAUUUUUUAAAAAAACAAAA